AUGGAAAUAGGGGACGGUCUGCAAGUGUGCCCGACCCUGCGCCAGAGGCACCCACCCGACCUCGUGAGGGCCUAUGACUGGACGUUUCAUUCGUCAGGUCGAAUUCAGGGCGUCGUAGCCAAUACGAGUAUUGAACAGCUAAAUGUCAUUCUGCUAGAGCAGGAGAGCGAUGGUCUCCAUUGGGAUAUUGAAGAAGACAACAUCGAGGAUCGGCAGACAGCGACCGACUGCCAGGCGCCCUAA